AUGUGCUAUGAAAGAUAUGCUAAAAAGAGACGAGAAAAAAAUCCAAUUUCAAGAAAGAAAUCAAAAACAGACAUUAGCACUGAUAUAACAGUUUUGGUUAUCAGUACUUCAAGUUCACAAAUUAAUAAUGUACCAGAUACUCUUCAAGUUAACAGUAGUUUUGAGAACUAUGAUAAUUUUGAGCCAACAUUAGAAGCUAAUUUUUUUGAAAAUGAAUUUGCAAAUAUAUUACAAACUGAAGAAAUAGAACAUAUUAUCAGUUCACAAAGUGAUGAAUAUGAUAACAUUAAUACAAUUUCAUAUUGUAUAGAUGAAGUAGAAAGAUUCAUUGCUAUACAGUUUCAAAAUGCCAAGUCAUCCAAAGAGCCUGCAAAGUUUGAGUUUGAAAUAGAAUUGGAUUCAGGACUUUUAGAUGCUGUCAAACUUGGUCAAGAUCUUGAAACCAACCCACUAAACCUAGAGAAAAUCAAAAGUAGCUUUGUGCAACUUACCAAAAUUCUCACUUUACCACUAAAAUCUGGGUCUGAAUAUUAUUAA